AACCCAGUGAUUUAAAAUGCUAGAAGGAAAAGCAACUGAGGUCCUAACUUUCAGAUGCUGAAUCCUCAGCUAAUUGAAAUUACUGGGCACAAUGCUAUAUAUAGCCAAUGAAGAGAUUCUGAGCUCUCACUCAGUGCCUUCAAGACAUGUCGUUUUGUAGUCAGAGGAAACAGGGAUCAAUGCAUUUUCAAACUGACAGAGGGAACGGAUGCUCCUUAGCAGCACAUGCCCAGGAUCGUGUGUGUGGGGCUUGCGCUGUGCUGAGAAGCUGAUCACCGGCCCAUAUGCCCCUUAUUUACUGCAAUGUUCUUUGCAUGUUAUUGUGCACUCCGGACUAACGUGAAGAAGUAUCGAUACCAAGAUGAGGACGGUCCACAUGAUCAUUCCUUGCCUCGGCUAACCCACGAAGUAAGAGGUCCAGAACUGGUGCAUGUAUCGGAAAAGAACCUCUCACAAAUAGAAAAUGUCCAUGGAUAUGUCUUACAGUCUCACAUUUCACCUCUGAAGGCUAGCCCUGCUCCUAUAAUUGUCAACACAGAUACUUUGGACACUAUUCCUUAUGUCAAUGGAACAGAAAUUGAAUAUGAAUUUGAAGAAAUUACAUUGGAGAGGGGAAAUUCAGGCCUGGGAUUCAGUAUUGCUGGAGGGACAGAUAAUCCCCACAUUGGAGAUGACCCUGGCAUAUUUAUUACGAAGAUUAUUCCGGGAGGUGCUGCAGCAGAGGAUGGCAGACUCAGGGUCAAUGACUGUAUCUUGCGGGUGAACGAGGUUGAUGUGUCAGAGGUUUCCCACAGUAAAGCAGUGGAGGCCCUCAAAGAGGCGGGCUCAAUUGUGCGGCUGUAUGUACGUAGAAGACGACCCAUUUUGGAGACUGUCGUGGAAAUCAAGCUUUUCAAAGGACCGAAAGGUUUAGGCUUCAGUAUUGCUGGAGGGGUGGGGAACCAGCACAUUCCUGGAGACAACAGCAUUUAUGUAACAAAAAUUAUUGAUGGUGGGGCUGCACAGAAGGAUGGAAGGUUGCAAGUAGGAGACAGACUACUAAUGGUAAAUAACUAUAGUUUAGAAGAAGUUACACAUGAAGAGGCUGUAGCGAUAUUGAAGAACACAUCCGAUGUUGUUUACCUAAAAGUUGGCAAACCCACCACCAUUUAUAUGACUGAUCCUUAUGGCCCACCUGACAUUACUCACUCUUAUUCUCCACCAAUGGAAAAUCAUCUACUCUCUGGUAACAAUGGCACGUUAGAAUACAAAACGUCCCUGCCGCCCAUCUCUCCAGGAAGGUACUCACCAAUUCCAAAGCACAUGCUGGUUGAAGAUGACUACACCAGGCCUCCGGAACCCGUUUACAGCACUGUGAACAAACUAUGUGAUAAGCCUGCUUCACCCAGGCACUAUUCCCCUGUUGAGUGUGACAAAAGCUUCCUUCUCUCAGCUCCCUACCCCCACUACCAUCUAGGCCUGCUCCCUGACUCUGACAUGACCAGUCAUUCCCAGCACAGCACUACAACUCGUCAACCUUCAGUGACUCUCCAACGGGCCAUCUCCCUGGAAGGGGAGCCCCGCAAGGUAGUUCUUCACAAAGGCUCCACUGGCCUAGGCUUCAACAUUGUGGGCGGGGAAGAUGGAGAAGGUAUUUUUGUAUCCUUCAUUCUGGCCGGUGGACCAGCAGACCUGAGUGGGGAGCUCCAGAGAGGAGACCAGAUCUUAUCGGUGAAUGGCAUCGAUCUCCGUGGAGCCUCUCAUGAGCAGGCAGCUGCAGCACUGAAGGGGGCUGGGCAGACGGUGACAAUCAUAGCACAAUAUCAACCUGAAGAUUACGCCCGAUUUGAGGCCAAAAUCCAUGACCUACGAGAGCAGAUGAUGAACCACAGCAUGAGCUCCGGGUCCGGGUCCCUUCGAACCAAUCAGAAACGAUCCCUGUAUGUCAGAGCCAUGUUUGACUAUGACAAAAGCAAAGACAGUGGGCUGCCUAGCCAAGGACUUAGUUUUAAAUAUGGAGACAUUCUCCAUGUCAUCAAUGCCUCUGAUGAUGAGUGGUGGCAAGCCAGAAGGGUCACACUAGAUGGGGACAGUGAGGAGAUGGGCGUCAUUCCCAGCAAGCGGAGGGUGGAAAGAAAGGAGCGUGCCCGAUUGAAGACAGUGAAGUUCAAUGCAAAACCUGGUGUGAUUGACUCAAAAGGGUCAUUCAAUGACAAGCGUAAAAAGAGCUUCAUCUUUUCACGAAAAUUCCCAUUCUACAAGAACAAGGAGCAGAGUGAGCAGGAAACCAGUGAUCCUGAACAACACGUCUCUUCUAAUGCCAGCGAUAGCGAAAGUAGCUGCCGAGGACAAGAAGAUCUCAUUCUCUCCUAUGAACCCGUCACAAGGCAGGAAAUCAACUAUACCCGGCCAGUGAUUAUCCUGGGCCCCAUGAAGGAUCGAAUCAAUGACGACUUGAUAUCUGAAUUUCCUGAUAAGUUUGGCUCCUGUGUGCCUCAUACUACGAGGCCAAAGCGUGACUAUGAAGUUGAUGGCAGGGACUAUCAUUUUGUCAUUUCUAGAGAACAAAUGGAGAAAGAUAUCCAAGAGCACAAAUUUAUAGAAGCUGGCCAGUACAAUGACAAUUUAUAUGGAACCAGUGUGCAGUCUGUGAGAUUUGUAGCAGAAAGGGGCAAACACUGUAUACUUGAUGUAUCGGGAAAUGCGAUUAAGCGGUUACAAGUUGCCCAGCUCUACCCCAUCGCCAUCUUCAUAAAGCCCAAGUCUCUGGAACCUCUGAUGGAGAUGAAUAAGCGCCUAACAGAGGAACAAGCCAAGAAAACCUAUGACCGGGCAAUUAAGCUAGAACAAGAAUUUGGGGAAUAUUUUACAGCUAUUGUCCAAGGAGACACCUUAGAAGAUAUAUACAACCAAUGCAAGAUUGUUAUUGAAGAGCAAUCUGGGCCUUUCAUCUGGAUUCCCUCAAAGGAAAAGUUAUAAUUUAGUUACUGCACCUCUGACAACGACAGAAGAGCAUUUAGAAGAACAAAAUAUAUAUAAUAUAAUACUUGGAGGCUUUUAUGUUUUUGUUGCAUUUGUUUUUGCAGUCAAUGUGAAUCCUUAUGAAUGUACAACACAAACUGUGUGAAGCCAUGAAGGAAACAGAGGGGCCAAAGGGUGGGACAGAAAAGACAUUGCAGUAUGCAGGAGGCUUUGGUUUGCUCAAAGGACCAGGUGUCGGGAUGAACCUCUGAUGGGCUCUCUGCCCUAGAGAUAGGCAGCCUUCUCACCCCAGCAGAUGUCCAGAGCUGAUUUAACUGCUGAGCUCUCUGUGUUUUUUGCUUUAAGAAAAGUUGCCAGCACUCAAACCUCACCAACCUUCCCUUUCCCCACACCUCUGUAAUUGGUACACUUCGAAUUUUAUAACUAUGCACAUCCUUUGAUUUAACAAGCAAAGGAAUUAAGGAAACCAGAAAAGAGAGACUUUGGAGACAAAGUAUUAUCAGGGGAGGAAGAUUGUUUAGUUUCCUUGGCUGGCAUGUGCAAAGACAAGUGUGUCAUAAAAUUGACAACUUGUGUGAGAAUUAACCUUACUGAGGAAGGGAUUCCACCUGGACUAGCUUUAUGAUUGUCAAUUGUCUAUUUUGCCAUUUAUAAACUGAAAGAAGGCACUACAGAUGAGAAUAAUUUAUACAAUAAAAUAUAGUAAAUGUAUAGAAAUGAA